CCUGCUUUGUGUUCCUCAGAGCUGCAGACAAAAGCCAAGGUGACAGUGCUGAAGGGAGACAUUCUGGAUGCCCAGUGCCUGAGGAGAGCCUGCCAGGGCAUCUCUGUUGUCAUCCACACUGCUGCCUCCCUUGAUGUCUCGGGUGCCAUUCCCAGACAGACUGUCCUGGAUAUCAACCUGAAAGGUACUCAGCUCCUGUUGGAUGCUUGUGUGGAAGCCAGUGUCCCAGUCUUCAUCUACAGCAGCACAGUGUCUGUGGCUGGACCAAACUCCUACAAGGAGAUCAUCCAGAAUGGCUGCGAAGAAGACAAUCAUGAAAGCAGAUGGUCUCAUCCGUACCCAUAUAGCAAAAAGAUGGCUGAGAAGGCAGUGCUGGCAGCCAAUGGGUGCACCCUGAAAGAUGGUGGCACUUUGCAUACUUGUGCCUUAAGACUCCCAUUCAUCUAUGGAGAAGGGAGCCAACACGUUUCUUAUGUAGUGAAUAGAGCACUCAAGAAUAAUGGCAUACUUGACAAUUUUGCCAAAUUCUCUGUGGUCAACCCAGUGUUUGUGAGUAAUGCAGCCUGGGCACACAUUCUGGCAGCCAGGGGCCUGCGAGACCCCAAGAAGUCACCAAACAUCCAAGGUCAGUUCUACUACAUCUCAGAUGAAACCCCUCACCAAAGCUUUGUUGAUUUACAUUAUGCCCUGAGCAAGGACUGGGGCCUCCGCCUUGAUUCCAGUUGGAGCCUUCCUCUGCCCUUGCUCUACUGGCUUGCUUUCCUGUUGGAAACUGUGAGUUUCCUGCUGCGUCCAAUCUACAAUUACCAGCCUCCUUUAAACCGCUGCUUGGUCACAAUGUCAAAUAGUGUGUUCACCUUCUCCUACAAGAAAGCUC